GCUCGCAUCUGUAAGUUUGAUAAUCAACUAUUGAUUUCUUAAAAGGUUAUAACUGAAUAAAUCUCGUACUAUAUUAAUUAUGCAGAUAUAUUUGGUGCACUUUCGAUUUCAAAAUAUCAAGUAUUUAUACCUUUGAGGUAAAUGAGAUGGCAACAAUAAGUAACGAGAGACAUCUUCGCUACAUUCUUCUUCUUGGUGAAGGAGGGACGCUUGUGCUGAAAGAAAUACUUGAAAGGGAAACAGUUAAAUCCAGCAAAUCCCUAGGAAACUUACUGGAUGCUGAUAAAAAUGCAUUAACCCGGAGGAUUGAAAAACAUAUAUUGCCAAAAGUGUUUGGUCCUGAUGCAAAUCAAGAUGCAUGGGACAUACAACUUUUAUCGACUGUGAUUCUUCAACUGUUUAAGAAAAGUCUCACAAAGGAUGAGAAUAAUUGUAUUACAAAGCUUAAGGAGUUGAGAAACGAACUUGCACAUGCAUCGUCACUAUCCAUGGAUGUAGAAGAAUAUGAUGACGACAGAAAAGAACUUUCUUCUGUUCUUAUACAGUUGAGUAAUGGUUUAGACAAGUCAGUUCACGACAAAUGUCAAAACUUUAUAAAAGAUUUUGCCACAGGUCCUAUUGAUAUACAAUCAGCUACAGAACGAGUAAAGGAAUUUAGUAAAUAUGAUGACAAGAUUCAAACGGAGCUGGACAAACUCACGGGAAAAUUGGAAGAUGUUUCAACUACUGUUAAAGAUGUUUCAGUAAAAGUUGAUUCUGUAGCAGUUGAAAUGAAAGAUGUUAAACAGAUGCUGCAGAAAAUGAUAGCUUCAAACACAGAAAACUUUCAUUCCUUUCAAGUGGUUGGGACGGAGAUGGAACUUCGAGGACCAAAUGAUCACCUAACAAACAUGGCCGAAGAAUCUCUCGUACGAUUAUUCAGAUCUGCCUUAGAAAGAACUGGAGGCGAUAGGGACUUGACAAAAAUAGGACAUGCUAUAAAUGUUAUCUUAUCAGAGAUAGAGAGUUGCAAUAAAGUCAAAGUUUUAGGUGUUGACCAACAAUGCAUAGUCAUUAAAAUGAGGUGCAACAACUGCCAGGGAUUACUCGAACUCCUAGAAUACCUUGAGGGAAGCCGUUUUAAGCGACGCCUUCAUGAACUAGUUGCAGCGUUAGAGAUAACAUACAAGGCACGCUUUCAUUUGUCGUCGCAAAUAGCACUUGGUGACUUGAAAAAUCUUUUGUGGAACCUUAGACAUUUAGAUGAAGAUAAGCAUGGUAGCAAGGAUGAUGUCAUCAACGCUGAAAGGAUUCAGAAAGAGCAACACGAAGCGAUAUAUACUGAAGGAAAACCAACACGCAUCAAAGUUUGCGGACUUCCCUCAGAUGUAACCACUGACUUUUUGACAUUGUUCUUUGAAAAUAAAAGAAAAGGUGGUGGAGUACCCGUGCGUAAAGUUUCAUUUUACAACGAUAUAUCUACAGCAGUUAUUGAAUUCGAGUCACCAGAAGGAGUUGAAACUGUUUUGAGUAGACGAAACAUUGAAAUGAUGGGCCAGGCUGUUACGGUUGUGCUAUAUCAACCAGAAUUACGUACAGUAGAAGUACGGGGACCAACACAAAUUGUUUGUGAAGGAAACAUCGAAUUGUUAAAGAGUCAUUUCAGUAACGUCGGGGCUGUCAUGAAAAUUUUGUAUGAUAGAGGAAGAAAUUCAGUUCUUGUGACAUUUGAAACAGAAGAAGUUGCAAAGAAGAUGCUGAUGAGAACACAUGUUAUCAAUGGAAAGCUUUUGGAGGUUUCGCUAUAUACGUGUAGUGUGCGAGAGAUAUAUUUUAGAGAUAGAAUACUUUUAAAAGGUAUCUCAUCAUCAACGUCGGAGGAUAAUAUAAGUCAUUUUCUGGAGGCAACAACGGGAAUUAAACCAAUGAGGAUAGCAUACCAUAAAAGCAAUGACGACACAGCUCUUAUUGAAAUGGAGUCAAUGCCAGACAUUACGGAGUUAAAAGAAGUCUGUAAAGUUCAUACUGUCGAUGGCGUCCAUCUAGAUGUCUGCAGUGUUGCAAUUUCAAAUUGCAUACUAGUAGAAAAUGUUCCAAACCACUUCACUUCUGAAUUAUUAGAACAGUACUUUGAAAAUAAAGUGAGAAGCGGUGGGGACUUGGUUGAAAAGAUCAUCAAAAUUGAGGGUUUAUCGGCGCUUGUAUACUUUAAGGAUAAAAUUGCUGUAGCCGACGUUCUAGAACACUUCCACCAGCUUGAUAUAGAAACACUGAAAGUGAGCUUAUUCUAUGAGUGUUUACAGCUUACAGAAAAGGAUGCAUUCGACUUGUCUGUACCUGACCCUGUAACACUUUUUGGCAUUGAUAAUGAUAAACUGGAGUUUAUCAAAGAGACCCCCCAUAUGGAAAGCUUAUACAUGGACACAUGCAAGCUUGUUUUGCAGAGAUAGUACGUAUACAGAACGAAACGUAGAGAUAAAUUGUAC